AUGUUGAUUCGAUUUACGUUGUUAUUAGCCUUCACCGCGCUUGCGAGACCGGCCGUUAUUGACAAUAAGUCGAAUUCAACGUCACGCGCGGAGGAGCAGAUCUCGAACAGCGCGAAUAAAACCGCAUCGGCCGAGGAUGACAAAGGACUGUUAGAGUGGUUGUAUGACGUUGUGGGACCAAAGCCACCAACUGUCGUUCAACCGUCGCAACCAGUAGAUCCAGCAACGUGUCCGAAAUGCACCUGCGGUUUGGUAAACAAACAGAAUCGUAUUGUUGGAGGAGUCGAGACCCAAGUCAAUCAUUAUCCUUGGAUGGCCCUGAUGUUAUAUAGGGGACAGUUUUAUUGCGGUGCUUCGGUCAUAAACUCGAUAUAUCUGCUAACUGCUGCCCACUGCGUCAACAGAUUCAAUCCGAGUCACAUGGUUAUUCGACUAUUAGAACAUGACAGGAAUUCGACCACUGAGAGCGAAAUACAGGAAUACAAAGUGGAGGAUACGAUCAAGCAUAGCGGUUACUCCACUCUGAACUACAACAAUGAUAUUGCGCUCAUUAAGCUAAAAGAUCCAAUCAAAUUCCAGGGUACGAUGCGACCUGUCUGUCUGCCGGAAGCAGGGAAAACCUUCGCCGGUUCGAAAGGAAUCGUGACCGGAUGGGGCGCGAUCAUGGAAUCCGGGUCGGUUUCGCAGACCUUGCAGGAAGUGAUCGUUCCUAUUAUCUCGAAUGCCGAGUGCCGUUCUAUGAAUUAUCCGUCGCGCAGGAUCACGGAUAAUAUGCUGUGCGCCGGCUACAAGGAGGGCGGCAAAGAUUCCUGCCAGGGAGACAGCGGCGGUCCAUUACACGUGGAGGAAAACGGCGUUCACCAGAUAGUCGGAGUGGUAUCUUGGGGUGAAGGGUGUGCGCAGGCUGGUUACCCCGGGGUUUAUAGCAGAACGAAUCGAUACCUGACGUGGAUCAAGCGCAACACGGAGGACGCUUGUUACUGUUGA